ACUCGUCAUCCCAGCUGGAAAGAACGUUGAACACCACGUCGACAACAUCACGGCAACAAAAAAAGUUUUUUUCUCUCGGAACACAAUGGCAGUUGUCUCUACAUCCAAUUUUUUUUUGAUGGCGUUAUUUGUGGUGGCUGGAAUUGCCAACGCUGAACUAGUUGUUGAUGUAACUCCCGCAAUCGGUUAUCCAAUGGAGUAUUCCUCGCUUACUAUAACCUGCGCUGCUCAUGAUCCUAACAAUGCAGUUGUGCCAGGUAGAAUUCAAAUUGUCAGAAUAACAGAUCAAUUCGGCACUGAGAAAAAUAUGACUGAUGCGGACAGCAACCUCAACUUUACAACAACAAAAGAAGACAAUGGCCGCAAACUCGUAGUUACUAUGAAAAUUAUCAACGUCACAGAAGACUACGACUCGGGACUUGACUUUUACAUAUGCCGCGCAUACCCAGUGAACGGCAGUAGUAAAAUCGGAAAGCGUCAAUUCAAUAUUAAUGUCAUUCAAGGUAUGUUCUUUUAUGAGAAGUUAGAUGAAUUAAUUUUCAGAUUUCGUGAAGGAGGUAUAUAUUAAUUGUAACCGUUCCUUACCCUCGGCCAAAAUAGCCCCAGAAAUAAAUAACUGACUAAUCAUGUAGCACAUUUACUCAAGCAAAACAAUGGAAGCGUCACCGAGGAUGAAUCUACCGACCUCUACCUUAUGAUUACAGAUAGAAUUGGACGACACGAAGUCCUGACACCAAUUAAUCAAAAUUCGAAAAAGAUAUUGGCAAUAAGUUUUCAUUAUUAAGAAACAACAGGUAACUCGGCAAAGUGUGCGAGAUCAGUGCACACAUGGUGCGUUCUGCCAAAA